AUGCCUUUCGACAAAAGGCCAGGUAACCCUAAUGUAUACUUAAUGGGGAUAGGUAUAGCUAAUGCAGCUACUAUAGCCUCUAACUGCAAGAAGAGUUUUCCAAGCAUUAAACUUGCCCUUAUAGUUGGCAUUUAUAGUGUUAUUCCUUUUAAACCUAAUAAAGACGAAAUAUAUGACUUUAGAUGGCAACUUCCUGGCCAUUUUGCCCGUAAGGACACGCUAUUAGACUUAUUAGGCAGACCGAAUCAGGAGAUACAAGGAGUGCUGGCAAAACUCCAAUCAUGCCGGAAUCACCAAAAGUUAAGCGCCAAGAUAGCAGAGUACCUUAAUAUUCUUCGCCAAGAACUAGAGCUUAGUGCUGAGUAUCCUGGCAUUAAGAAAGAUAUACUAUUCGACGCAUUCUACCGACAUACAGUAGAUCAGAAAUCGUGCAAGCAGCUCAAAUGCAACGGCAAGCUUGUGUUGCGACACCGCUUAAAGACUGCUAAGAUCUAUCCUGCGCCUGCUAUCCACUUCAGUUUGAUGGCUUCUGGAAACUCGGUCAUAAAGUCUGGCGAAGACUGCAACCGAAUUGCAGUACAGAAAGGCGUCAUUAAAUUCAAGAUGGAGGGUGCUAGGGUCUGGGAUAGUUUUCCAUGCAUCAUAAUUAAGGGCGCUUGUAACUAUACUGAUAGCCACAAAGACAAGGGUUGGCAGCGAUAUACUGCAGCUACGGCGGCAGCCUAUGUGAAGGCUUUUCUUGGCUUUUGGGUACCUUCACUUAACCAAGCCGGGGCCACUCUACGCGUGCUGUCGAUCAAGGCAAAGAAGGACUAUUCAGUGUUUUGGGUGCCAGCACUGAGCCGUGCCAGUUUUGAGCAGGCAUGUAUGCAGAUUAUUGACGCCUGUGACUUUCCGACUACCGACAAUAGCGAUGCUAUUGAAACUUUCUGCCUGCACUUAAGUUCAAAACGCGCCGGCAAAUGGCUUCUUGUGAUUGAUAAUGCUGAUAACACAUAA